GAGGAGCAUGUCAUUUCUGCUAUCCAAAUUGUCCCCGGUAGGGUGUGUAAGGUGACCUUUGAGUCUUCUGGGGUUAAACACGAUCUUUGUAGUAGGGAUAUUUGUAAUGUUGGGGGUGUAGAUUGUCGGGUUCUGAACCAUGCUAAACGUCUUACCCAGGUUCAGGUUCACUACUACCCGUUUGAGGAUAAUUUAGACCCCCUUUUUAAGGUCCUUUCCCCAUUUGGGGAGGUUAAACGUACGCGGUUCCAACACUGGACCAAUAUACCCGAGAUCAAUACUGGUACCAUUUUGUUGGAUGUUAUUCUCAACCAUCACAUUCCCCGGACCCUUCAAGUGGGAAAACUGAGGGUUAAGGUUUGGUACAGGGAUCAACCCCUGUGUUGUGAUAUUUGUCGUGGUCCCCAUAGAGUCACCGAUUGUGACCUUAAGGGGAAGUGUAGGCGUUGCGGCGAGGAGGGUCAUUUUGCGAGGGCCUGUCCCAGACCGUGGGCUCGAACCGGUGAUGCUGCGUCUCAUACGUCUGAUGGUGCCGAUCCAACCCCCGCGGAAGCUGCUGGUCGUUCUAGUGUCACUGAUGCUGCCUCGGAUGCUAACCGUGCUCCUGUUGCCGAUACCGAUCGCGCUGCUGGUCCUCUUGCUGAUGGUGAUCCUGAUGCUGCCCUGCCAACGUCUCGGGCUCUUUCAGAGCCAGACUCCUUAGAUGGGGCAACGUUCGACUCUGCUGCUGGUACUCCGGUCGUGGAUGCCACUCCAUCUGCGUCGUUAUCUUUUGACCAUCGUGAUAACCAGUUGGAUGAGCUUUCGAGCCAACCUGUCCUUUUUUCCUCUGCCCCCUCCAGUUCUGACUUUGACUCCCUGGAUGGGGCAACCGUUGACUCUGGUCUUAUUUCCCCCGCUCCUCGGGAUACCCCUGUUAGUAGUUUAUCUAAUGUUGAUGGUGCUGCCAAGGAAGGUAGCACUGGGUUAUUAAAUAAACUUAAAACCAAAGUUGGUUUAAAUAAAAAGAAAGAGCAUAAAGAGAAAGUCAUUAAUACAUAUGAUAGUGAUAUUAGUCCUAGUAAUGGAAAUGCACAUAAUGUUAAAGGAAAAGUAAUUAGUACAAAUGAAAGUGAUAUUAGUCUUAAUAAUGGAAAUAUUAAUAAUGAAAGUGUAAUUAGUAAUAAUGAUUCCUCUCAAAAUUUAUUGGAUGAUGGUCAAAUUGCUGAGUACAUUGGUCAGGGUAUUCUCGCUGGGCGGUCGGACAGCGAGAUGGAUUUGGCGGUUGAGUCCCAAAAACGUGCUUACCCUGAUUCAUCUGAGGACACUGUUGACAGUGAUCACUUUUCUGUGCCUGCUAAGCCUGCCCCUCGUCCUCCUAAAAAGAAACCUCCAGUCGUUGUCUCCUCGGGCAAAUCCAGGCCCGUCCCAGUUGCUGAUCAUGGUCGCGACCGCAGUCGCAGUCGCUCGCCCUCGGGGCGUUCGCCCUCAGCUAGUCGU